CUAAAAGACCGAAAAGACUGGGUUCACAAUUGAAAGUGCUUUCUUUAUCUGCGUUCAAUUUGAAUUUAUCCAUAGUAUUUCGCUUUUUAUUUGGAUUUCACAGAAAUCAUACUUUGCCUCUAAUUCUCCUGUUGUGAACUCUGGACCCAAGCAUACGCAGGAGUAGCAGCAGCAACACACGCACACAGUCACAUACACAUAGACGUAGAUAACAGAGCAGAAACAUGGAGAGUGCGUUUGCGCGACUUUACCGCACAUCAAAGCUGGCGAGCUACGAUCGCGAGAUCAAGCAGGUGUACGCAACAUACGCUGAGGCGGCGGUCAAAGGUGACUGGGGUCUGAAGCGCAAGAUGCCGCCCAAGAUAUCCACACGACUAAUGACGAUCGGUUCGCUGGAUACGAAGGAGCAGAUCACGCAGUUUGAGAGCGCAAACCAGCAGUUCAUGAUGGUCAACGCGUGGAAGGAGAACUUCCCCGAGUCGCAGUCGCCGGAACACAACAAGAACAGCAUUAUUGGUCGGUAUACCACUGGGCAGGACCAGGCCGCCGAGGAGAAUGUGAAGCCCACAGGGCCACAGGUGAACCUUGCGCUUAUGACUCGCGCCGAGUGGCAGCAAUUUUUGGCUGAGGCGCGGUCGCGGCGCGGUGAGUGGAAGGAGAGCCUUAUGGAGGGCCGGUUUGCGCCCGAGGAGACUCUGGCCUUUAUGAAUGCCACCAAUAUGCGCGACUCGCAGGACGAUGGGAUCCGCAGAUUGCCCACGUACCACGACUACGUGCCAGCCAGCGAGGAGCUUCAGGUGCAGGGCCGCGUUCUCAACCGUGCUGCCGCCGGAUACGCUGUCGCGGUGCAGGGCAUUAUUGCGUACUUGCCUCUGCAGAACCAUUCGUCCGAUGGUGGAUAUCAGACCAGGGAUGUCAAGACGUUCUAUGUGCAUAGCGCAAAGUUCGACACCCAGGGCAGGCCCGAUGUUAUUCUUGGUAUCAGGCCGCGUGGCGCUCGCGAGUCCUCUAUCGCGUUUGACUCUGGAUCCAGGAGCUCGUUCGCCUUUAACAAGGGCCGCGGUGGGAGUAGCAAAUACCAGAACGCGCACCUCGAGCGCAUCAAGGAUAUCUUGAAGCUGAACACGGCCCUCAAGGGCAACGACAGCAGUGAGACCACCAGCAAGGAUGAGUUUGCCAAUGCCCUGGACCACAUCACCAAGGGUGGCAACAACAAGGAUGGAAAGUGGUAGAUUGACGGAGAUAAUUUGUUUGUUUUAUUCAAACAGUUCAGCGUUUAUUUACUUUAUGAAAAAAAUUGACCCUACCAAAAAAAAAAUAUUU